GGGAUCUGUGUCCCCAGACGACUUCCAAACUCAGAGCGAACCCAUAGAGCCCGGAAAGUGGCCACAGCCAGUGCGCAACAGUUCCACUCGUUCGCUCAUCCGAACCCGCCAGGCCAAUCUAGGGCCCUGGGAGGCAUUCCGCCGCAGCGCUUCCUUAGAAAGGAGUCGCAAGGCUCCGACCCCGGCAGCCCACUCAGUCCUGGUCUUGCACGCGAAGACAAGUGGAAACCGGCCUGGGACGCCAAGAACGCGCUCUCCCGCGUCCGCGCAGACAGCUAGCUCUCCCGCCUGCUCACAGCUUUCCGCCAGCCUUCGGCAUGACUUUGUGGAACGGCGUGCUCCCCUUCUACCCCCAACCCCGACAUGCAGCCUACUUCAGCGUCCCGUUGCUCAUUGUCAUUCUGGUGUUCUUGGCCUUGGCUGCCAGCUUCCUGCUCGUCUUGCCGGGAAUCCGCGGCCACUCGCGCUGGUUCUGGUUGGUGAGAGUUCUUCUCAGUCUGUUCAUAGGCGCUGAAAUUGUGGCCGUGCAUUUCAGUGCAGAAUGGUCCGUGGGGAGAGUGAGCACCAAUACGUCCUACAAAGCCUUCAGCGCGGCGCGCAUUCGAGCCCACGUGGGUCUGCUGGUUGGCCUGGAGGGCAUUAACAUUACACUCAAAGGGACCCCAGUGCAGCAGCUGAACGAGACCAUUGACUAUAAUGAGCAGUUCAGCUGGCGUCUGGGCGAGGACUACGCGGAGGAGUACGAGGACGCGCUGGAGAAGGGGCUGCCAGACCCUGUGCUCUACUUGGCGGAGAAGUUCACACCGAGCAGCCCUUGCGGGCUCUAUCGCCAGUACCGCCUGGCUGGACGCUACGCUUCGGCAACGCUGUGGGUGGCGUUCUGCUUCUGGCUCCUCUCCAACGCGCUGCUCUCCAUGCCGGUCCCGCUCUAUGGAGGCCUGGCGCUCCUGAUCACCGGCUCCUUCGCGCUCUUCGCUAUCUUUGCGUUCGCCACCAUCUCCAACGUGCCGCUCUGCGCAUUCCGCCUCGGCUCCUCCGCGCUCACCACUCACUAUGGCGCCGCCUUCUGGGUCACUCUGGCCACAGGCAUCCUGUGCCUCCUUCUCGGCGGGGCCGUGGUGAGUCUCCACUACGCUCGCCCCAGCGCUCUUCGCACCUUUCUGGACCGAAGCGUCAAGGACCACAGUAGCCAGGCGAAAGAGGGUUCGCCUCUCGUCCUCAGCAACCCGUUGCACACGCAGCCCGGGGCCCAGGGCUUAAGGAUCACCACUGACUUGUAAAGGGGACCCAAGUCCAGACUUCCACCCCGCCUUGGUACCCCACAGGCUGGGGAACAAUGCAGGAGCACUGCGCUGAGGGCGCCGGCGCCCGGGGAAAGGCGGGCCGGCAGGCUUGGUCGUGCUGCACGCACCAGGGAGAGUCUCCCUGGUGA